UCGAUUAAGGGUUGGGCCAAGCCAUUUACUUUUUUUCCCCCAAAACCCCAACACUGGCAUUUUUUGAGUUUCCUAUGCUCUGCAUUUACUAGGGCCCAUGAUUCGGCAAAGGCCAUUGCUCUAUCUUCAACAUAGUCAAUCCAGCUGAUUUUUUACUUUUAGACGUACUUUACAAUUCCAAAUGUUUGCCUUUAUUGCUUGCAAUGAUUCACUUAAAAAAUUACAUUAUGAAAGGAAUUCUUGUUUACGAAAUUUAAUUUUGCUUAAACGUGUUUGUCUAUAUUUGGAUGAUAUUGCUGAAUUGGAAUUUUGUAUUGAGCCUCCCUAUGUUUUUCGUAUAGAAGAUACACCAAUUGCUGUACCUCUAAUCUCCUCUCCAAUAGACGGAACAAUGUCGCCAGUUCAAUCAACAAUAAGUGAUUCUCCAAUAUUUAAAGGAAUUAAUUUAAACAAUAAUUCGAUUGCAAUGAAUAUACACAAAAAAAGACGUGAAAGUGCUGCUAAAAUAUCUACAAGUUUUUUUUUAAUUUUGGGGAAUUUUUGGUUUAAAAUUAAUUUUUUAGAUGGCUCUUUUUGUGAAAUUUCUCGUAAUUCUUAUUUGGAAGGGCUAGUAGAUGAUUUACCAGAAGUUGAUAUUACUAAAUUAACAGCUGGGGAAACUUCUGUUCAGAGUGCGAAAGAACAGAGUUAUAUUUUGGAUCAAAUGCUUCGAAAUAAACGUAAAGGUUUUGCUUCAUACAAUACCAAUCCAAAUUUUAUUUUUGAUGAUGAAGAGGAGGAGGAAGAAGAAAAAGUUGAAGAAGCUGGAGAAUGUUCAAAUUCUUUAAUUCCUGAGGAUCCGUGUACAAGUACAAAAAAUUGGAUUGAAUUGAAAGCAGAAGAAGAAAAUGGAAGCAAAGCUGAGGAGAAUGUAAGAAAAUUUGAAUUAUAUCAGACUGGGUAUCAAAAAAAUCAUGUGGAGUUUCAAAGAAAUACUCAACAAAGACAAUCAAAUUUUGUAGCAGAUGAUUCAAUUUCGUCUACUACUACACGUGAAGAUGAUGAAUUGAGUCAAUUAAAUGAAAACGAAACUUUGUUGGAAGGAGAAAUUUUCCUCGAUUCUGGUGAAAUUAUACAACUUCAAUUAGAAUUGUGUAUAAAAGAUGGUGAACGAAUCCAACGUUUAUUUCAAGUAUUUACUGGGCAUGCUACAGGCUCAUCAACAUUUAAAUAUUUAUUAAUAACUGAUCAAUAUAUUUAUUUAUUGGCUCCAAAAGAUGAGGAAAAUGUUAAAGAAAAGUUUGGGAAUAAAGGUUUUGAAAAUAUUAAAAAUGUUGUGACUGGAACAACAAAUGCAGAAUUGGGUAUAUCUCCAGCUAGUGUAGUUAUUGAAGAAUUGGCAGUUGAAGCUUUUGAAAGAAAUAAUAAUAGAUUGGUUAAUGGAGAACCUCCUGUUAAAUUUGAAAUUUUGAUAGCCUUACCUCUACCAGAUUUAGAACAUUUAACAGCAAGUAUCGACGCCCAAGUUUUAUGUUUUCAUUCAAAAAAUGUCAACUUUGUAAUUUCUCCUCAAGCUUCUACUGGCCAUCAAUUGAAAACUUUCCUCGUCGAAACUUGUUCAAAAAUUCUUGGAAAAACUAUCGUUUUUGCUAUAAAAAGAACAAUAACAAAUAAAAUAGCUUUGGAAGGAAUUUAUUUAAAUUCAAAAAGUUCGUCUUCAAAUUCUGAAGAAAAGAGGGAAAAAGAAAAUGAGAAGAUUAAACCUUUAACUGUUACAGCUUCACAUUCUUCACAUUUGGCGGUUGUUAUAAAAAGAUUUUUGUUUAAUGAAUUUGGACCGGUUUGUUUUUGGCUUUUGUUUAAUGUUUUUAAUUAAGUGUUUUAGAAAAUUUUUUUAACUUUCUGCGGAUUUUUUAUGGAAUUUUUUACGGAUUUAUUUUUACGGAUUUAUUUUUGCGGAUUUUGGCUUUUUCUUUCGGACUAUUUUUUGGGAAUUUUUCUUGGGACUUCUUUUCGUGG